AUGGACUUUCUGAAACGCACAUUCGCCGACGCGAAGCUGCGUCUUCAGGUGUCACGUAUGCUUGCCGCCGCCAGCACACACCCCAAGCAGCUGUCGACGGAGUGCCUCGAGUUAGCUGAAAAACAUCCGGUUCAGGUCUUGGCUGUCCUGCGUGACAACCUUAACUAUCCCAAUGCCGAACAGUCGUACGCGUACUUGUUACUGCUAGAGAAGCUUGUGGACUCCUGCAGCUACUCCUUUCACACAGCUAUGGCGCGUGACGCUACGCUCCAUGAGAAGUUAGUUAAUCUGGCCGUCACGCGGGCGGAGGGAAUAGGCCACCGAAGGGUGCGUCGCCUCGCACGACUGACGCUUCUAGAAUACUCGCGCAUGUUCGCCGACGAUAGGGAUCUGCAGAGUCUCUCGCAGCUCGCCGGCGUCGUGGAGAGGCGCACCGGCCGGAAGCUGAUGCGCGCCCUCGAGGUGGAGCGAAAGGCCGUCAAGUUCAUCGAGCCUCGGCCAGAGGAUAUCAUCCCUAUUACCCCUCAUGAGUGGUCGACAAAGGCGUCACCACAGCGGCAGAAGCCGACGACAUGGUCUUGCCACAUCUGCACUUACAUGAACAAGGCCUACGCGACAAAGUGCCUCACAUGCCGAACACCGAGGUUGACACGUACCGCAACACCGCCGCCCGUUGGGUUGACGAACGGAACGGUUGCGCCUGAAGAGAAAGUCUUCAACGGGACUGUGUUGCAUGAUCAGAACGGUCGCUGUGCCAACCUGCCAAUUCUUCUCCAUGAUGAAUGCGAUGGCGGGCCUGUUUUUCUCCACAGUAGUGAGGAGUGCCCACCUUCAAACGAAAACGCAGCAGAAAACGUUGCAGUUGUCACGGAACACACUGCGUAG